GUCAAUGGUCCGAUACAGUGUCCCCCUGUUUACUGACUGCGAUGAACGCUUUCCAUAAAACCACACUACUCCCCAGGAUUGCCAUAACAAACGCCAUCAUCCACCGCUCCUUUCGAUCAGAUCCCUUAUUCUAUGCUCAACUCAUCCAAACCUACGCUCGUGAUCGAGCGUUGCACCACGGCAAGAAGCUCCACGCCCACCUAAUCACCAACGGCAUCACUUGCUUCAGCCUUGUCGCUUCCAACUUAGUUUCUUUCUAUGCUUGCUGCGGCCAACUCUCCCAUGCGCGAAAACUGUUCGAUAAAAUUCCGAAAACAAAUGUGCGCCGGUGGAUUUCCUUCAUCGGAACCUGCGCUCGCUGCAGCUUCCACCACGACGCCAUUGCCGUGUACUCAGAGAUGCUGGCAACCCAAACGCCCAAUCCCAAUGCCGUUUUCGUCAUUCCAAGCGUUCUCAAAGCUUGCGGCCAUGUCGGGGACCAAAUCACGGGUCAGAAGAUACAUGGGUUGAUUCUGAAGUGUUGUUUUGAGGUUGACCCUUUUGUAUCUAGCUCGUUGAUUGUAAUGUACUCGAAGUGCUUGAGAGUUGGGGACGCGCACAAGGUGUUUGACGGAAUGGAGGUUAAGGAUUUGGUGGCUUUGAACGCACUUGUUGCUGGGUACUCCCAAGUGGGGCUUGCGGGUGAUGCUUGGAGUUUGGUGGGGAGGAUGAGAUUGAUGGGUGUUAAUCCAAAUCUAGUGACUUGGAAUAGUUUACUAUCUGGGUUUUCGCAAAAAUGUGACCUUGCUAUGGUUUCUGAAAUUUUCAGGUUGAUGACUGAGGAUGGUGUGGACCCUGAUGUGGUGUCUUGGACUUCUGUUAUAUCUGGGUUUGUGCAGAAUUUUCGUAAUGAAGAAGCUUUCGACACUUUCAAGCAAAUGUUGCGUCAUGGGUUCUGCCCAACUUCGGCUACUAUCAGCACCCUUCUCCCUGCAUGUGCCACUGUCGAAAGAAUGAGGAUUGGGAAGGAGAUUCAUGGCUACGCUGUGGCAAUUGGGGUAGAGGAAGAUAUAUAUGUGAGGAGUGCUCUUGUUGACAUGUAUGCAAAAUGUGGCUUCAUCUCUGAAGCUAGAACACUUUUUGGUAUUAUGCCAGAGAAGAACACAGUUACUUGGAACUCUAUCAUUUUUGGGUAUGCCAAUCACGGGUAUUGUGAUGAAGCCAUUGAGCUCUUCAAUCAAAUGGAGAUGGAAGGGAAAGCCAAGCUGGAUCAUUUAACUUUCACUGCGAUUCUCACAGCAUGCGUCCAUGCCGGUGACAUUGAACUUGGGCAGAGUCUGUUCAAGACUAUGCAAGAGAAGUAUGGAAUUGAGCCACGUCUGGAGCAUUAUGCAUGUAUGGUGGAUCUUCUUGGUAGAGCCGGGAAGGUUGACGAAGCAUACUGCAUGAUCAAGGCAAUGCCAAUUGAGCCUGAUCUGUUUGUGUGGGGUGCAUUACUGGCUGCUUGCAGAAAUCAUGGGCAUGUGGAGCUUGCAGAAGUGGCAGCUAAGCAUCUGCUGGAGGUGGAGCCUGAGAGUGUUGGGAAUCGUCUUCUAUUGACGGGUGUGUAUGCUGAUGUAGGCAAGUGGGCAAAGGUUGAGAGGAUCAAGAAGAGGAUGAAGAAGGGAAAACAGAGAAAAUUCCAAGGGUUGAGUUGGAUAGGUAAUGUAUAAUAAUAUUGUAGGUUGCUGAAUGAUUCUUUCUAGAUGGGUGGUUCCUUUGAGAUUUCUCAGAUUUGUGUUGGUAGGUAAGGUGUCUGGGUUUUGCUUCUGCAGAAAGAACAGGAUGCGUUGUUUCAUGCUCCUCAUCAGGCAACAGUUACAAUAUCUCUUGGGAGGCACCGUUGGACGACCCAGCGAAGCAAAGAAUGCUUAAGGUUAAGGAGCCAUUGAGUUUACUUAUGAUGUAAUUGCAAGGAAGUGGAAGCAUAACAAGAAAUGAUUUGCUCAUGAA